AAUGUAUAUGGGUAUGAAAUUAGGUAUACCCUCCCAGCCAUCGCCAUCCAGUUAAACAAACCCCUGUUCUGUUGAGUGUUGAUGAACUCCAUACAUACACGUUUGCUUGCAGAUAAGCUACCUGCGUCUGCAUAAUCAAGGCAAGGUCUUUCUGCUGCACUGCACCCUUUUCACCCCAAACCAAACAAUUUGAUUUAAUUAACUCACAACCCAACCCAACCCAUGUUAAUUUUAGGGUUUCGAAAUUUCAUUAUCCACAAAAGGAGGAUUCUGAGAAUAGGAGGUUUGGUUUGUGGGAACACUAGGCUGCUUUCUUCAAGUUUGAAGAUGAAUCAUCAUAAUAAUAAUAAUUCAUCAACUACACAACCAGAGGUGAAGCUCCGAUUAUCGGCCUGUGUAAUUGGGUCAAAGUUGAGUAUUUUGGAUGGUUUUCGUGCAAUGCUGCUAUAUGUGGUUGAUUGGUAUAUUGGUUUCACAAGUUUAUUGUAACAUUUUUCGAUGGGAAGGAGGAGAGAGUAUUACUCAAGUAGCAGCGGAAAGCAUAACAAAAAAUAGAAUUUCUAAAAGUGCCAACAACAAUCCGGAUGCCUUUGAGAAAAUGACAGUUCAAGAGCUAAGAACAAAAUUGAGGAGCAUCGGUGGCUCAACGAAAGGUCUUAAACGUGAUCUCAUAAGCGCGCUCAAAAAGUUCUUUGACGAAGAAGUUGAUGGUUCUCGAGAGAUGCUUGAAGAUGGAGAAUCCCAUGAAAAAGGUUCCAAAAGGAAGACAGAGAGUUUAUGCAUUGAACAACAUACCGAGGUUACAACCACCGUUUCUGUAGAUAAAAGGAUCAAGAAACGAGCAAAACAAACCACAAAAGAUCUGAACAUCACUUUGGAAAGUUCUAAGAACACUGAAAAUUGUCAAAAGAACGGUAUUUCAGAACAUGAAGCUGAACCUUGGACUGUUCUUGCUCACAAGAAACCGCAGAAAGAAUGGGUAGCUUAUAACCCUAGAACCAUGAGGCCUCCUGCUCUUAAUGGUGACAUAAAACAUGUGAAGAUUAUGUCGUGGAAUGUUAACGGUUUAAGGGCUUUACUAAAGUUAGAAAGCUUUUCAGCAUUGGAACUUGCACAAAGAGAAGAUUUUGAUGUGCUUUGCUUGCAAGAAACCAAAUUACAGGAGAAAGAUGUAGAGGCAAUAAAGCAACGUCUUCUAGAAGGAUAUGACAACAGCUUCUGGACUUGUAGUGUCUCUAAGCUUGGCUACUCCGGUACCACAAUCAUCUCUAGGAUACCACCACUUUCUGUUAAAUAUGGACUUGGCAUACCCGACCACGAUAGCGAAGGAAGGCUUGUGACAACAGAAUUUGAUUCAUUUUAUUUAAUAAGCGGAUAUGUUCCCAAUUCUGGUGAUGGUCUUAAAAGGCUGUCAUACAGGAUAAUAGAGUGGGAUCCUAGUCUUAGCAAUUACAUCAAGGAGCUGGAAAAGUCAAAACCGGUUAUCUUAACCGGCGAUCUGAAUUGCGCACAUGAAGAAAUUGACAUCUACAAUCCUGCGGGAAACAAACGAAGUGCUGGUUUUACAAUUGAAGAAAGAAGGUCAUUCGAGGAAAAUUUCCUUAAAAAGGGUUUCGUUGAUACCUUCCGGAAACAGCAUCCUAAUGUUGUUGGCUAUACUUACUGGGGAUUCCGACAUGGUGGACGUAAAACAAAUAAAGGAUGGAGGCUGGACUACUUCCUUGUAUCGGAAUCAAUUGCAGAAAACGUCCAUGAUUCCUACAUUCUCCCAGAUGUUGCAGGAAGCGAUCACUGUCCUAUUGGCCUUGUUCUUAAGUUGUAAUCUCGAUGAUGAAAUUGCAGUUUUGAUGAUGCAGGAAAAACUAGCACUUUGUUUAUUUUGGUGUUUAUCGUCAUUUUCUUUACAAUUUAAUUUAUAUAAAAUCUUCUCUCGAUAA